AUGGAGUUUAGAGAUUACCAAGAUGACGAAACUUCCAACAACAACGACGAUGGUGUAUAUGUAUACGUAACUUCCGACGAUGAUGAUGUACAUGAAAUCAGCGUAAAUGAGGCAAACGGAAAAAAAGAUAAUAAAAUGGGAAGAAUUAAUGAUGACGAUUCGGAUGAUUCAGAAGAUGAUGAAGAUUUGGAUUCAUACGAUGAUGAUUCAGACGACAAUGAUGCAGACGAUGAAGGUGAUGAUGACAGCGAAGAAAUUAGAGAUGAUGAUGACGAAAAAGAUAACAAUUAUGCUAGGUCUCACAAAAGAAAACGCGAAGAUGGCUCAGAUACUGAGAGUGAUCAUGGGUACGAGAACUUUAAUAGCGAAGGCCAGAUAAGACAGAAGAGAAGAAAAAUUUCGGAUAACGAUUCCUUGAGGGAGUAUGACAACACUCAUCCAACUGUAAACAACAAAACAGACAACUCUGCAACCGUUCAGGAAACUGCCUAUAAUGUAGUCGUUAUCGGUGACAAUGAUGAUGACGACAGUGUACACGAAGUCAUCAUUGUUGAAGAAGAUGAUGAGGAUGUUGCCGUCGUAGAUGUGGCUGUUGUUGAUGAUGACGUUCAUAAGGAUGAUGGUGAUAAUAGCGAUAACGAACCUCUGCGAUGA